AUGAAUAAAUUUUCAUUAGUCUUGCUACUUAUUGUCUUUGCAAACUCUUCUGAUUUGGAAAAUUAGAUUUCUUUAGGAAGAGGUAUUCUUUUAACUAACAAAAAUUAGAGUUAAAAUUCUAAGAAGCAAUGCAUCUAAGUCCUAAUCGGUUUACAUGUGAAAUGGAUCCGAAAUUUUACGACUUUAUUAUAUUGGAACUAUCAAAAUGGUCAGAUAUUAUUGAUCGAAAACCACAAUUAAUGAAGGAUUUAACAAUUAUUGAAUAAAUAAUUAAAUUAGUAGAUAAAGCUAAAUAUUUAGAUGGUGCUUAAUAAGGUACUUUAAUUAAACCUAAGUAGAUAUGUUUAUCUAAAUAACUCAGAGUCUUUCAGCGUCUAUAAGAGAAAUUUCUAUGGUUGAAAUAAAAAAUCAAUGGGCUUAAUUUAACAUUGAUCAGGUCUUAUAAUAGAUGAAAAAACUAUCAGCAAUAACCAAUGUUUAGGAAAAAGGGUUGAUGGCAGAUAAAAUAGUAAGUCAAUUGUCAAUUAUGGAAAAAUAAAUAAACAUCUACUUAAAUGAAUGUUAAGGGAUUUAAAGUAGUGCUGAACUAUAAGAAAAAGUAGCAGAACUUAAAAGCAAAAAAAACAAGUGUGGUUGGUCUUAUGAUAAUGAAUAUUAAGGUUCAACUAGAUUACCACCUGGAAGAUCAGAUUAGCCAGAAUCUUCUGAUCCAAAACAUGAUACAUAAUCAGUCCAUGAAUAAGCUGCUAAUCAAGAUAAACCAUUCUAAUCAAAUCCAAAUUAUUAAGAAGGACAAAAGGAAAAUAAAUAACAAUCAACUAGAUUACCACCUGGAAGAUCAGAUUAACCAGAAUCUUCUGAUCCAAAACAUGAUACAUAAUCAGUCCAUUAAUAAGCUGCUAAUCAAGAUAAACCAUUCUAAUCAAAUCCAAAUUAUUAAGAAGGACAAAAGGAAAAUAAAUAACAAUCAACUAGAUUACCACCUGGAAGAUCAGAUUAACCAGAAUCUUCUGAUCCAAAACAUGAUACAUAAUCAGUCCAUUAAUAAGCUGCUAAUCAAGAUAAACCAUUCUAAUCAAAUCCAAAUUAUUAAGAAGGACAAAAGGAAAAUAAAUAACAAUCAACUAGAUUACCACCUGGAAGAUCAGAUUAACCAGAAUCUUCUGAUCCAAAACAUGAUACAUAAUCAGUCCAUUAAUAAGCUGCUAAUCAAGAUAAACCAUUCUAAUCAAAUCCAAAUUAUUAAGAAGGACAAAAGGAAAAUAAAUAACAAUCAACUAGAUUACCACCUGGAAGAUCAGAUUAACCAGAAUCUUCUGAUCCAAAACAUGAUACAUAAUCAGUCCAUUAAUAAGCUGCUAAUCAAGAUAAACCAUUCUAAUCAAAUCCAAAUUAUUAAGAAGGACAAAAGGAAAAUAAAUAACAAUCAACUAGAUUACCACCUGGAAGAUCAGAUUAACCAGAAUCUUCUGAUCCAAAACAUGAUACAUAAUCAGUCCAUUAAUAAGCUGCUAAUCAAGAUAAACCAUUCUAAUCAAAUCCAAAUUAUUAAGAAGGACAAAAGGAAAAUAAAUAACAAUCAACUAGAUUACCACCUGGAAGAUCAGAUUAACCAGAAUCUUCUGAUCCAAAACAUGAUACAUAAUCAGUCCAUUAAUAAGCUGCUAAUCAAGAUAAACCAUUCUAAUCAAAUCCAAAUUAUUAAGAAGGACAAAAGGAAAAUAAAUAACAAUCAACUAGAUUACCACCUGGAAGAUCAGAUUAACCAGAAUCAUCUGAUCCUCUUUAUGAUCAUUAAACAGCCCAUUAGUAAACAAUUAAUCAAGAAAAAUCAUUAUAAGGAAAUCUUAUACAUGAUGAAAAUAAAUCAACUUCCACUAGAUUGCCUCCUGGAAAAUAUGAUCAACCUGAAUCAUCUAAUCCAAUUCAUGAUAAAUAAACUUCUCAUCAACAAGCAGCAAACUAGGAUAAACCAUUUUAAUCUAAUCCUAACUAUAAAGAUGUACCAACAGUUGACGGUUCUUCAGCUAAAAUAACUCAUAAUUUGAAUAAUUAACCUGUUACUGUUAAUUCAUUAGGAAGUUCAAAUUCACAUGCUGGAAAUUAUGAAGAAACAUUCCAGGGUAAUCCAAAUUAUAAGGAAGAUUUACCAAAGAAAAUAAUUGAAAAUGAAGGUUUUGGAUCAGGUUCAACAAAUAUUUAUGAUGAAGAUGGAUGUCCAUAAGGAGAGGAAGAUGAUACUCCAAUCAAUUAUGAAGAAGAAGAAGUACCAGAAUAACCAUAACCUGAAGAAUAAGAAGCUCCUGAAGAAAAUGAGAAAGAAGAUAUAAAACCAUAAGAAGAAUAAAAAGGUGAAGAGGAGGAGCCUAAAGUCGAAGAGCCUAAAGUCGAGGAGCCUAAAGUCGAAGAGCCUAAAGUUGAAGAGCCUAAAGUCGAGGAGCCUAAAGUUGAAGAAAAACCAUCUAUUCCAGAAAUACCUCCUGAUGAUGAGGAACCUGCUGUGGAAGGAGAAGUAGUAAAAACAGAAGGGGUUGGCUCAUCAGUUGAUGGUAGAGUAGGUUAGUAAGUCUAAAAUCCUUAAGAAUAAGAAUAGGAAGAAUCGGAAGAAAUUGAUCUAGAAGUAGAUGAAGAAGUUGAUGACGGUAAAGGGGGUAAAAAGAUAGUUAAGAAAAUUAUUAAAAAGACUCUUAGAAAAAGUAAAUAGAAGUAAGCAAAAUUAACAAAAGGUUAGAAAAAACCAUAAAAAAAAGUAGUUUCUUCAACUAAAUCUGCAACAAAGUCAGGAACAAAAUAAAAGACUUUAACUAAAAAAUCUGGAGAUUCAAAAAAAAAAGUAAAAACUAAAUCUGGAGGAGAUGGGGAUGGAGAAGAAUAUUGGGAAGAAACUGAGGAAACAUUUGAAGUAUCAGAAGAUGGCAAGGAAACUUUAGUCUCUUCAACAACUAAAUCAUCUACCCAAAAGAAAUUACUAUUUAAUGCUAUUGGUGAUACUUCUAUUGAUUUGACGAUAUCGGAUAACAAUAAUGAAGAUGAUAACUUAAUAGAAGAUUAUUAUCAAUAGGAUAUCUUUUAUGAAGAAUUUGAUGAUAAAUUUAUAUAUUAUGAAUAUGAUCCAGUUGAUAAGGUGUUUAGAUAAUCUGGUAUCAUAUUAAAACCUUAAUAACAACGAUCUUUAAUGAUAUCAAAUUGGAAUGAUCUUUUGGAUUAUGUAACUGAUGUAUCAGAAAGCGAAUAAGAUAAUAAUAAACCAAUUUCUGGUGACUAAAAGGAAACUGAUACCAUUCCUGAAGAAAAAUAAUAAAACAAAGAUUAAUAAUAAUCUCAAUAGUAAUCACAAUAAUAAUAAGACUAGCAAUAAUAAUCAUAAUAAUAAUAAGACUAGAAAUAAUAAUAAUAGUAGUAAUAAUAAUAGUAGUAAUAAUAAUAAUAGUAAUAAUAAUAAUAAUCAUAAUCAUAAUAAUAAGGUUAGCAAUAAUAAUAAUAAGACCAGCAAUAAUAAUAAUAAUAAGACCAGCAAUAAUAAUAAUAAUAAGACAAUUAAUAAUAACAAUAAAAUUAACAACAGAAAUAGUAAGAAUAAUUGGUUAAAGGAGAAAAAUAAUAGUAGAAUACUUAAACAUCAUAAUAACAAGAAUAAUAACAAUAAUAAAGCUAAUAACCUUCUGAAGAGAAAAAAUAAGAAGAUAAAAGUUAAGACACUAAAAAAUUAGCCUAAGAUUAAUAGACUAAGGAAAGUUCAAUUGGUAGUGUUGUUUAAGAUCUCUUAAAGGAUGAAAAAUAAGCAUUAGGGAUUGGCUAAAAUGAAAAACCAAAAGAGAAAAUAGAAGGGCAUGAUCUUGAAAAAUCAAUAAAGAUUACUUCUAUUAAGGAAGAAUAUAACCCAAAUGAACCAACAUAGUAUGUACCUCCAAAACAUAAAGUUAAUACAAGACCAGCAAAAGAAAAAGUAGUUGUACCUGUAUCAACUAAAUAUGUUUAAAGUUCUUUUGAUGGGGAACCAGCAGAACAAUAUGAAUUUGCUGAUAGAGAAAUGCUUUAAGAUUCUGAUGAGUAUGGAUAUGGGUUUUGGUUAAGAUACACUGAUAACUUCCCAAAGAAACACACACGAUAACCUCAAAAAUAUUAUUUUAUAUCAAGAUUAACUUCAAAUUAGGAUUAUAAAGAUUAUACAUUUUAUGGAGAUAGAGCUCUAUCAGUGUUUUUAUUAGAAAAUACUUUUGUCUUUUCCACAUAUGAUCAUGGUGAUAAAAAGAAAAUAAAAGAUUAAGUAGUAGCCUUGAAUGAAGAAUUAGAAAGCAUGUGGUAUUUCAUUACAUUUUCCUACAGUUUGGCAAAAAGGUCAGCUGUUGGGUAUGUUGUAGGAUAUGGUGAUAAUGGCAAAGUUUUAAAGACUGAAAUCAAUUGUUAACAUGUGCCUCCUAACUACUUUAAAUUAAUAAUAGGAGGAAAACAUUUUGCAUAUGAGGGAUUUAAUGGAUAAUUUGCAAAUAUCUUUUAUGAUAUUGAUGCUCCAGCUUUUAUUGAUAGUGAAGAAAAAAUAAAUCAGAUCAUAAAAACAAUUAGUAAUGCUCCUCAAGCAGUUAGCAGUUUAACUGAUUUAGAGAUCUUAACAACUCCAAAGACUUUUGUAGCAAAUAAUAAAGAAGAUGCUCUUGUAUUAGAUCCAUAAGAAUCAAAUCUAAUAAUUGAGGAGUAUGCUUUUGCAGGAUGGUUUAGAUGGGUCGACGAUUUAAAAGUUGAUGAAUCAAAUACAUUCUAAAUAUUUAAUUUGAGAUCAACAGACAAAAAGUAGCCAAAUAAAGGAGUAUUAGGAGAUCGUUCAUUAGAAGUUCAUUAUACAUAUGGGGGAGGAGCUAAAAGCACAGUUUACUUUAAUACUUAUACAAUUUAAGGAAAUAAAGCUAAAGGAACACCAUAUAUAUCUAAAACAGUAGAAGCACCAAAUUAUACUUGGACUUAUGUUUAUUUUGGAUAUGAUAACGAUAAAAUAAAAGCAUAUGGAGCAUUAAUCAGACCAGGAAAAGCUGAUGAAGUUAUUUUUGAUCCUGUUCAACAUAAACUUGUAACUAAAUUGCAUUUUACUAUUGGAGGUGAUGAUUAAAUUUCAUCAUUUAAUGGCAAAAUAGGAUAUGUUGGUGUAUAUUUGGGAUCAGGAGCAUUUAAGUAGAGCCUUAAUUUUGGUUAAUAAUUUUUCUAUGGAGAUGGUGCUAUUGGUGUCUAUCAAUUAGUCAAACCAAUUUAAUUUUAGGAUGAUGCAUAGGAUCCAAAUGUCAUUAGAGAUGCUGAAUAUGAUUCUGAUAAACCUUUAGUUGAUAAGAUAUUAAUUCAUGAUGAUAAUAAAUUGAGACUUAAUGGCUAGAGUGAAUAUUCAUUUGGUUUAUGGACUAGAUGGCUGUAGACUUUACCUAAAUUCUUAGUCCAAAGAGGUGCUGUUCAUAAUAUAGCUAGAUUUGGAACAGCCCCAUAUUUAAUUGAAUAAGUUGAUGGAAAGCUCUAGAGAGCUAAUAAAAGACCUCUUUAAGAGAAGGAUCAAACUUUGGCAGUUACAUUAAGUAAAGAAGCUUAUGAAUUUUAUACUUACAAAGCAAAAGAUGAAAUUAAAUUUGAUGACAUAGAAGGUUCAUGGAAUUAUGUUUAUUUUGGUUAUAAAAGAGUUGCAAAUAAGGGUAUAGCUAAAGGUUAUGUUUAAUUUGGAGUUGAAGGAGAAAUUAAGGAAAUAGUUUUUGAUAUUUUGCAUGAUUUCUUAUUAGAGUAUGUAGAAUUUGUAGUUGGAAAAAGCUAAGCACCUUUCUUUAAUGGUUAAAUGUGCAAAAUACAAUGCUAAAUUGGACCAGGAGCUUUCUUUAAUUCAGCAGAAUAACUCAAGAUAUUUACAUAAAAUACUUUACCUGAUAAAGCAUAAAUACGUCCUAUAAGCAGAUAAACAUAAUAAUUAAUUGGACUCCCAGUUGAACAACCAAGCCAAAAAUUCUAAUUUGAUAAAUUCUAAGGAAUUAAAGAAUAUAGUAUUUCAGGAUGGGUGAAAUGGAGUGGUAUAUAGAAAAUGGGUAAAGUGUUUCCUAUUGCUUCCUUUGUUUAAAAAAGACUUGCUGAUUUGAAUGGAAAAUUUGAAUAAACUCUUGAAAUAUUACGAUCAGAUUUGGCCUAUAAUUUUAAUACAUAUUCUUGUAAAGGAGAUGAUUGUUCUGGAAUUGUUACUAAAGAGUAGUCACUAGGAGAAUAUUGGGAUUAAUGGACAUAUAUUUACUAUGGUUAUUCAUAAUUAUUGAAAAAAACAUUUGGCUAUGUGAAGUUUACAUUCACAGAUAGCAAAUUUAGUUAAGAUUAAAUUACUCAUUUUUAUGUUGCAGUAUUUUCAAUAAUUAUUUCAUCAGAGGAGUAAAAAUUCAUAGGAUCAAUGAAAACAUGGGUAAUUAAUGUUGGAGAAGGUUCAUAUAGGGAAGGUAAUUUUGAUUCUGACGAAAAUAUCAAAGUACACUUUGGAUUUGUGAGUGGAACUGAUCAUGUUAAAUUAUAAUAAGCAGGAUAAGAAGCUCAACAUGUAGAGUAAGUUAUAGAAUGUGCUGCUAAUGAAAAGGAUGUACCUUUACAUGUUUAAUUUGAGUAAAGUGAAAAAUUACAUCUUCAUGGAGUUAGUGAAUAUGGUUUUGGAUUUUGGGCCAGAUUCUAGCAUUUUGCAUAAAAAGGUAUUUUGUAUUAAUAACCAUAAUGGAUGGGAUUGGCCAGAUUGACAAAUUAAAAGGAUUAUAAAGAUUUUGAGUAACCUGGAGAUAGAGUUCUUUUGAUCUUAUAAGGUAAAGGAAUCCACCAUUUUUCAACUUAUAAUGUACAACCUCCUUCAAAUAAUGUGAAUGGAAAUAUUCCUUAUUUAUUAGAAUCUGAAAGUGAAUGGACCUACCUUUAUUUCAGUUAUAAGAGAAUUUCAUAGACUCUAGGUCAUGCUGUAGCAUUUACAUCUUAUAAUGAUAUAACUGCAGGAAUUUAGAUGGAUGUUAUCCAUACAUUAUUGUAAAACUAUUUAUAAUUAACAAUUGGUCAUGCUGGAAAGUUCUAUCCGAAUUUUAAUGGGUAAAUUACAACUGUUAGAUUUAAUCUUGGUCCUGGAGCUUUUAUAGAAAAUAAAUAAGGAAUUUUGGCUAGAAUUAAGAAUAAAGAUCCAAAACCAGAGAUAAAUAUUAUUACAAAAUAAUAUGAAGUAGUUGCUGGUAAAUAAGAUGCUUAAAAUCUUAAAAUUGCAAAUCCAUUGACAAUUGAAUAAGAAGCAAGAGAAUAUUCAGUGUCUUUAUGGUUUAGAUGGUUUAAAACUCAAGUUAGACCAAAUCAAGUAAUAUAUAGAUUGACUUCAAAUAAAGGAGAAGAUGAUGCUAAAAAUAUAGGUGAUAAAGUAUUGAUGUUAUCACAUAUUGGAACUGCAUUAUUUAGUACUUAUUCAUUGUAGGAUUCAACUUUGAAUGUGCCAUAUGAAUGCAAUAUACCAAAAUAAUAAUUAGAAAUAUGGACUUUUGCUUAUUUUGCUUAUUCAAAGAAGGAGAGAAAGGUUUAGUAUUUCUUAAGAGCAGAUUCUCAUGAAAAUAAAGGACUUGAACCAAUAUUACAUGCAGUGGCAUCCAAAUAUCUUCUUUUUGUAGGAAAAGAUGGUCAUUUAGAAAAUUAUAAUAGUAGAUUGGCUUAAUUAACUAUAAAUUUUGGAGAAGGAGCCUUUAGAAAUGAUAAUUUCUUAUAAUUACCAGUUUAUGUUUUGGGUCCUAAAUUAUUCUCUCAAGAAAAAAUGUAUAAAUGGGAAAAGAGUGAAAAAUUGAUACUUGGUUAAUCAUAAACAAUUAGAUUUAAUGAUGAACCAGAUAAACCUAUUGAAUCUAUGCAAGAAUAUAGUAUUGGACUUUGGUGCAGAUUUUUAUAAUCUUGGCCUGAAAGAUAGUAUAGAUUACCUUUAGAAAUGUAAUUAAUAAGAUUGACAAAUAAUGAAAAGAAUGAAGUAGGAAAAGUUGUUAUAGGAGAUAGAAUUUUAGCAUCUUAUAUUAUUUAGAAUGGAUUUUAAUUUGCAACUUAUGAUUUAAAUGAUGAUGCUCCUAAUGAAUUACAUACAAUUCCAAAUUAAAGAUUAGAAGGAUAAUGGCAUUAUGUUUAUAUGGGAUAUUUAAGAUCAAAAUAAAUAGCAUCAUUCUUUGUAUUUGAUGGAGCAGAAAUGUUAUCAGCAAAAAAUUCAGAUUUAUUACAUAAACCUUUAGGAGACUUUGUAAUUUUACAUAUAGGAGGGGAACCAGAUGUACCUUCAUUUUAAGGAAUAAUUAGUAAAUUAGCUGUUAGUUUUGGUCCUGGAUCAUUUUUAAGUUUAGCAUAAGAAGUUAUGAAGACUAUUGAAAAUUCUUAAGCAUUAGAAUAAUCUUUAUCUGUUGCAUAUAUUCAUAAAUAGAAACAUGGAUAAUAAGAAUUAAUAGGAAAAUUAGAAACUGUUACAGAUGAGAUAGGUGGUACUGAAUUAAGAGGUGAGCCAUGGUCAAGUGUUGGAGAAUAUUCAAUAAGUGGAUGGUUCAAAGCAGCUAAUGUUAAUGGAGUGAGUGCUAAUGAUUGUUAAAUCUUAUUUAGAGUUACUAAUAAUGAUAAAGAACAUUUAAAUGAUAAGAGAUCUUAGGGUGAUAGAACAUUAUUUGCAUCCAUUUGUGUAGAUUCAAUUAAAUUGUCUACUUAUACACUUGUAGGAUUGAAGGAUUGGAAUGAAGCUAAAUUUUUAGAGGAAAAUGUUCCAUUAGGUCAUAAUAAAAGAGCUUGGAUUUAUAUCUACAUGGGAUAUAAUGAAGAUAUAUAAGAACUUCAUGCUUUAUUACAUUUAUUUGAUGAGGAUAAACCAUUAAUAUUCAAAGGAGUAUAACAUUUUGUUCCUCAUUACACUGGUAUUUAUGUAGCUAAGGAUCCAUAUACAAAGAGAUUUUAAGGAGAAAUCUAAAAAUGGGUAGCUUGUUAUGGAUUUGGUGCAUUUGUUAGUGUUUAGAAAAGAGGAUAUGAAGAUUUAUUACCAAAUUAUAAUGCUAUAGCUAUCAAUUAAAAAUACAUGUGGUUUAGAAAAGAAGAUACUGUGAUAGAAACAGAAUAGGCAAUCACUUAAGAAUUUAAUUAAGAAGUUGAAUCAGUUGAUGAAUAUUCAAUUGGAGUAUGGACUAGAUGGCUUAUUUCAUUCCCUACUACUUUAACUGAAAGAUAACCAUAACAUAAUAUCUUUAGAUUAUCAGCAAAUAAAAUAGAUUAAGAUAAGAGUGAAUUAGGAGAUAGAGUUUUGUCUGCCUUCCUAAUUUUGGGUAAUUAUGAAUUUAGUACUUAUGAUAUAAAUAAACCAUCAAAUGCAGUGGAUGCAAAAUUACCAUAUGGAGAAUUAGAAGGUUCAUGGACAUACAUUUAUACUGCAUAUAAGGGUGGAUAAUUUUAUGGUAUGGUGUUGUUUAGAGAAUAAUAGAAGGCAUAACAUGUUGAAUUGUAAGUGUAACAUAGAGCUUUGACUGGUUAUGCUAAGUUUGUAUUAGGAGCUAAAGAAUUUGGUAGAAAAGGAUUCCAUGGAUGGUUAUUUGAUCCUAGAAUAUUCUUAGGAGCUGGAGCUUUUAUUAAUGAAGGAUAAAAAGUAGUAGAUAUGGUUUUAAAGUUACAUCGUAAAUUACCUGUACCUGCUCUUGAUGCAGAAGAUUUUAAAUGGCCUGUUGCUAUUGUUGACACUACUUUACCUGAUGAUAUUAAUGAGAAAAAAGACAAGUUCCAAUUCUCUUUUACAAAUAAAGUAGGUUUAUUAGAGUAUUCAUUUGGAUUUUGGAUGUAGAAUGCAGUGUUAUAACCAGAAAUGCCUGAUGAUCUAAGAGGAUUAGUUCGAUUGACUACUAAUAAUGAAGGUUCUGAUGAAAGAUUCAUUGGAGAUAGAACUUUAGCUGUUUUCACAAGAGUUUAAAAAUUGGUGGCUUGUACUUACACCUUGAAAGAUCCUACUUUCGAGCCAGUAACUCAUGAGUUUGAUUUGUUACCAUAUCAAUGGACAUUUGUUUAUUUCGGUUAUACAUAAGGAAAAGCCAGGGCUUAUAUUCUUAGUACUAAGGGUCCUUCUGAAUAGGUGUUAGCUGUAAAACAUGCUGUUCCUAAUGCUUUUUACUUAAAUGUAAUCAAAGAUCAAUCCCAUCCAUUGUUUUAUGUAUAUUAUAAUUUUAUUGUUAGGGUAAAUUCUAUGGAUUGAAAGUCAAUUUUGGAUAAGGCAGUUAUUUAGAAAAUCCACAAGAAAUGAUAGAGAAAUGGCCUUAUGAUCCUAAGGUUCUUCCAGUACCUGAACCAAAAGAAGAGAAAGUGUUGGCUCUCAAUUCUGCAAAAGUUGACAGAGCCCCUAAUACUUAACAUGAAUAAUUCAGAGAAUGAUAAUGAUA